GCUGAUGAAUCCACAUAGGAAUUCAGUUGCAAUUCAACUCAUUGAAAAUAGUGAGACACUGAGAUAAAAAUGUUUCUAUUAUUGAUCGCUAUAUUUGCUCUGAUAGCACCAGCUAUUUCGAGACCACAAGAACCAGCCCCUGUUGUAGCAGCAACAGCUCAAAGAGCCAGAUCAGGAGAAGAAUCGACACCAAUUCCUAUCAUUAACCAAACUGAAGAUAGUAGCCCUGAUGGCAACUUCCACUUCAGUUAUGAAACUGGAAAUGGUAUCAAAGUCGAUGAAAAAGGAUAUCUCAAGGAAGGACAAAAUGCAUCCGACUUAAUUCAAGUUAUCGAAGGCAGUGUGUCCUACACCGACAGUAAUGGAACUCUCAUCAAUUUGAGGUACAUUGCUGACGAAAAUGGAUACCAACCAACUGGCGAUCACCUACCAGUUGCUCCUCCACUUCCAGAAUAUGUUGUCAGAUUAUUGAAUUCAACAGCUCAAUCAGAAUUUUCCCAAGGAACAAGUCAGGUGAGAGCUGAUUCUGCUCCUGCAGCAUCUGUUGUCUCAACGCCAGUACCUCUGCCACCUGUAGCUGCAACGGUAUAGGAGAUCCUGCCAGUCUUGUUCCUUUCACUACUUCAGCAGAGUUUGCACUCGAGUAGGCAUACCCAACAAUCAUUCUGAUUUGGAAUGACCUAAACUUUCGUUACAAAUCGUUACGAUUCAUCAUAUGUUUAUCCAUGUUCUUGUGAUCAUUGUAUUUGAUCUCUGAGUUAUGUCUUGCAUACUUUUUUUUAUUGUGUAUGUAUAUUUAAUACAUAAAAUGAAUUGAUUUCAGAAA